UUACUGUAAAUAAUAAUAUGAUUAAAGGGACAGCAAACGCCCAAAAAUGCUAUCCUUUUAAGAGGCCUCUCUGCCUGUAAAGGAAAAGGGAAUAAGAGAGAGAAAGUGUUGUGUGAUGGGGAAAGGGCAGCACCUGCCUAAAAAUGUUCUUUUCCAUCUUUUCGAAAGGGAGGGGAGAUGGAAAAAUGAUGAGAGAGUGAAAAAGGAGAAGAUUUGAUUGCAGAUGGUGUGGUGUGAGAGAAUACAAUACAGGAAAACGGCGACCUUGCAUGCAGAUUGAGUGGAUGAUUUGAUGUAAAGCUGUGUGGGUCUCGGAUUCCGAGCAGGAUGUGUCAAAAUCCUCACACAUCAAUCCCGUUCACUUGUGAGUUGCACACCCUUUCUCUCUCUAGAAAUGGACGGUGGAUUCGGGCAUUUGGAGAAGGUCGAAGGGCAGCUGCCUCCUGGUUUUAGGUUCCAUCCAACGGAUGAGGAGCUCAUUACUUAUUACCUUAGGAAGAAGGUCCUGGACGGUGGUUUCACGGCCAGGGCCAUUGCUGAAGUUGAUCUUAACAAAUGCGAGCCUUGGGAGCUCCCAGAGAAGGCGAAGAUGGGAGAGAAGGAGUGGUACUUCUUCAGCCUUCGGGAUCGAAAGUACCCGACCGGGCUCCGAACGAACCGGGCCACGGAAGCUGGUUACUGGAAAGCCACAGGGAAGGACCGAGAGAUCUACUGCUCCAGAACCUGUUCACUUGUGGGGAUGAAGAAAACCUUAGUUUUCUACAAAGGAAGGGCACCCAAGGGCGAGAAGAGCAACUGGGUCAUGCACGAGUACCGCCUUGACGGCAAAUUAUCUUACCACUACCUCUCAAGGUCCACUAAGGACGAAUGGGUGGUCUCUCGGGUGUUCCAAAAGAGCAAUGGCGGGAAAAAAGGUCGUGGUUCCUACACGGAAGCGGGAUCACCUUCGCUCCCGGCCCUCUUGGAAGAGAGAGAAAGUUGCUGCUCUUAUGAGAGCGAAAGCGGAGGAGGAGGACCACCAUCGCGAGACCACGUGUCCUGCUUCUCCACCCCCGUUUCUCAUUCUAACCCUAUCCACCAGAACCAAGGCCAAAGUCAGAUGCAUUUCUCUGAAGUGGCGGCUCAUUAUUUGCACCACUCCAUUGCGCCGCCUCUUUUGGCUGAACCACCUCGUUUCAAUCGAGGAGGGGUGGCCGCUUUUCCGAGCUUGAGAUCUUUGCAAGAGAAUCUGCAUAUCCCUUUCUUUUUUGGUGGUGAGAGCAGUGGUGGGAACGAUGCGGGGUUGAGCAGUGGUAGCGGUGGUGCAAUGCAAUGGGGGGUGGCGGAGCAGAAGGUUGUGGUGGCGGAGGCGGGGCAGCAGCAUGGUGGGGAGCUCGAUUGCAUGUGGACCUACCGUUAUGACUAGCUUUCUAAAAUCUUUCUCUCUCUAAGAUUCUCUUUUCCUGCCAUGAAACGUUUAUCCCCUUCUCUCCAUGCACGUAUGAAAGUGUAGACUCUCUCUCUCUCUGCUACAUCUCCUGGUCCCUACUGAUGCAUCUGAGAGUGAUCCAACCUCUUUCUUCUCCAUGCAUUAUCCAUAGUACUCUCUGCUCUCGUGCUCAUCCACAAGUCUCUCUCUCUAGGAUUACGACUACUCUUCUCUCUAGCAAUACGACUAGUCUCUCUCUAUCUUUUUUGGUGUCAGCUCUAUGUAUCAUAUGCUGGUUUUGAGUAUUUUUGGUUACGUGGAACAGCGAAUCAUAUAUGUCUUUAAGUUUUGGGG